CUCCAGGUACCCGCAUGGCCAGAAAGAAGGGGGAACCUGAGUGUUGUUUUGACUGUGUCCCUUGUUCUGAAGGAAAGAUCAGCAAUACAACUGACUCCAUGGAGUGCACCAGUUGUCCAGAGGAUUUCUGGUCCAGCCCCCAGCGUGAUCACUGUGUCCCGAAGAAAACAGACUUCCUCUCCUACCAUGAGCCUCUGGGUAUCUGCUUGACAACCACCUCACUGUUGGGCACAUUUACUUGUGUUGUUGUUCUGGGCAUCUUCAUCCAUCAUCGCAGCACACCUAUAGUUCGUGCCAACAAUUCAGAACUCAGUUUCCAGCUCUUGCUGUCACUAAAGUUCUGUUUCCUUUGCUCAUUGCUCUUCAUUGGACGACCCAGAUUAUGGACUUGCCAACUAAGACAUGCAGCAUUUGGCAUCAGCUUUGUGCUUUGUGUCUCAUGUAUCCUGGUGAAAACCAUGGUGGUUCUGGCUGUGUUCAGGGCCUCCAAACCAGGAGGUGAGUCCAGUCUGAAGUGGUUUGGUGCUGUGCAGCAGAGAGGGACAGUUCUGGUUCUGACUUCUGUUCAAGCAGCAAUCUGCACUGUCUGGCUUGUCUCUGCUUCACCAGUGCCUCAUAAAAACACACAGUAUCACAGUGACAAGAUAGUUUAUGAGUGUGCAGUUGGGUCCACAGUUGGUUUUGCAGUUUUACUUGGUUAUAUUGGUUUACUGGCCUUCCUCAGUUGUUUGUUAGCUUUUCUUGCAAGGAAUCUUCCAGACAGUUUCAAUGAGGCCAAACUCGGCAUCCAGCACAUUACCAACUGCAAGCCCAGCAACGGCACGGCGGCCAACGGCGACGCCUCACUGGCAGAGGAACUAAAUUGUUUCUUUCCUCGCUUCAAGGUUAAACCAGAAGAGCUCGUCACCGCUCUCCCACCAGCCCUUAACAACAACAACUACACUCUCAGUGUGCAGGAGAAUGAGGUGAGGCGGGUGCUGAGGGCAGUGAACCCGAAGAAGGCUGCCGGCCCGGAUGGCGUGACAGGAAGAUUUCUGAAAGAAUGUGCAGAACAGCUUUCCAAGGUCUUCACAAAGAUCUUCAACCUGUCCCUAUCCAAGUCCAUAAUCCCACCUUGCCUGAAGUCUGCCACAAUCGUCCCAGUACCAAAAAGCCUGUCAUCAGAGGCCUUAACGACAACCGCCCGGUCGCCCUCACACCAGUCAUUAUGA